AUAAAAUCCCCCAUACGCCCCUAGCGAACCGACGCCUGUUGGUCCCCGCGAUUAACCGUCGUACCGACCGCGGCGGUCGAAUUUUUCUAGUUUUCAAACGCGUCGAUUUUCCAUAACGAAUUGCAUUCGUUUCACACACUCGCUCUGUAUAGUGUAAUAUUAUCAAUUGUCAAUUAACCGUUAAAAUAUUAUAUAUUAUUACCUAUCCAAUAUUUUCUCGUUUUUUGUUUUUACAGUUCGCUUUUCGUUUCGUUCGGUUUCGCGCGAAGUUGUGUGACCGCUAAAAUAUAUUGCGAUAGUGGUAUAUAUCUUACGACGACGAUAACUAUGUCACAUAAGUCUACGGCCGUCGCCGCGAUCCAUUAAUAUAUUAUCGUCGCGAUUUACCUCGCUCGCCACCUUAAACGCCGCCGCCGAGCCGAUUUGUACGUCGUCGUCGACGUCGCCGUACGCGUAAUUAUUAAUUAUUGUAAUUGCAGUCGUAUACACAGCCCGUGCGACGUGUCCACGACGGCUUGAACUUUUAACGUCCGUCGCCGCCGCCGCCGCCACCACCGAAUGCUCGGAAUGCUAUGACCGUUCGCGCACACGCCCGUCUCGGGCGGUUCUAUUAUUAAACGCGUCCGUCGUCGCCGACGUGGUGGUGCGGUGCACCGCGUUGGGAGCUCACGUCAUAUUAUUACAGCAAUAAUUAUUCGUCAACUGCAAGCACGGUGUCGUCGUGUGAAACUAAUUCGCGUGUGCACUCAAUGAUACACAAUAUAAAUACCUACAUAAUGUAGCAUGUGACGAUGAUAAUGUAACAUAUACAUACUAUAUUAUAAUCACAAUACUGUGCCACAACAGCAACAACAACGACGACGACGACGGCGACAACAACAACAACAACAAAAAUAUAUAAUAAUAAAUGGUCGUGGCGGGGAGGAGGAGACACUAUCUCGUCGGUACGUAUAUCAUUAUACGACCGGAGUACUACACGCUUUAUUCUGCGUACUCGCGUAGACCACACGUGGCAAGAUAGGUGGUGGUGUUGGCAGUGAUGGUAGUGGUGGCGGUGGUGGCGUUUGAGAAGGAGGUGUAGGAGAGGAGAAGGAGGAGAAGUAAAAGGAGAAGGAGUCGGUGACAGACGAGUGUGGUAAUAUUAAUAUACGAUUCCCUACGCUACUAUAUAUACGCCGGUCACGCGGUAUAUAGUUGGUGUUAUAGUAAUAAUAUAUUAUUAUAUCGGACGGGCGGCGGAGUGAUCGAACCUUCCAAGCUGGCCCAUCAGUUUUGGCUCGGUUGGGGUUCGGGCUCGGGCUCGUGCCGCGCGCAGACGGACGAGGAGAAGAAGGAGAAAAAGGAAAUGGCCGAGGCGGCGGCCCGGCACGAGCUGUACACACAGCAGCAGUGGGCCCACCAGCGGGCCGAACGCGCCGAGCGGAACGCCGAGAGACUGGAGAGGGAGAUACAGGCGCAAGCCGCCUCGGCCGCCGCGUCAGAGUCCCUUGCCGAGCUGCACUACGUCGACAGCCUGUCCGGGUCCGUUCAAUCCAUAUGCAAGGCGCCGAUAGCCAGCCUGGACUGCAUGGCCGACCUGGGCAGCACCACGGAACAGCUGUGCGCCAAGCUGCAAGCGGCCGCGGUAAAAGAGUCGGUUGACCGUGUAUCAUCCGCGGCGCAGUCGCCCAGCCUGACGUCCGGGCUCCGGUACCGGAACCUGGGCAAGAGCGGCCUGCGCGUGUCCAACAUCGGGCUGGCCACGUGGACCACGUACAACACGGCCAUCAAUGAAGAACAGCUGGAUGCGGUGGUGACGGCCGCGUACAAUGCUGGCAUCAACCUGUUCGACCUGACUGAGGGUCCGCAGAGCAGCGAACAGGCCGAGACUCAGCUGGGUGCCAUCCUCAAGAGGAAAAACUGGAAACGUGUGUCGUACAGCGUCAUCACCAAAAUACACUGGCACUACAAAUCCGAAGAACGAGGGUUGUCACGUAAACAUAUCAUCGAAUCGGUUCGAUCGUCCGUCGCUAGACUUGAACUCGACUACAUAGACAUCGUCCUGAUACAAAAAGCCGAUCCGAUGUGCCCGCUCGAAGAAGUAGUAAGAGCUAUGGAUUUUCUCGUAUCGGAAGGACUGAUAAUGUAUUGGGGCACAGCUAAAUGGUCACCGAUCGAUGUCACAGAAAUGUACACUGCUUGCAGACAACUGAAUUGCUCUACACCUAUCUUAGAACAAUCCGAAUACCAUAUGUUGUGCAGGGAAAAAGUUGAGAUUUACAUGCCUGAACUGUACAAUAAAAUUGGAGUGGGUUUAAUGGCUUGGUCACCGUUAGCCAUGGGAUUAUUGCCUUCCUUCAAAGACUCGCUCAGAAGCCGAUCGUCCAAUAGGACAAAAGCUUCCAGUAUCAGUUGGAACCAGGACGAUCGAAAACCUCCCAGUAAAGAGAACAACGAACCAUUGACAGCAAGAAAUACUAAGGAAAUAUUGUUUUCAAUUUCAUUAAUAGCAGACCGUCUUGGAUGCAGCUUAGUUCAACUGUGUAUAGCGUGGACAUUAAAAAACGAAAGUGUUCAGUGUCUCUUACUAGGAGCAGCAACAACACACCAGUUUUAUCACGCUUUGCACGGACUACAGUUGUUACCAAAACUCAACUCUAAUGUAAUGGCUGAAUUGGAACGUAUACUGGAUAAUAAGCCGGUACGACCUCCAAUGGUAUCAACUCUGGCAAUGAGAUGACAAACAGUGUGCCCUCCCGGUGUGUUGGGGGGCACAGGCAUGUCUGGCGAUGGCAUGAAAGAAAGCAAUGAUGAGUACGACAUGAAAGAACGAAAAGUGCCGUUUUGUGUGCUUCAAUAAAAAAAAAAUAGUUCUUGUGGCGAAUAUUGUAAUCAUGUUAGAAUUAUAGUUUGAAGUUAAAUAUACGUCCAAUUUUAAUUGA